AAAAGUUCCCAUCUAUUAAAUGACAGCAAUAGCAAAACAAAAACACAGAUAUUAUGACAAUUCACAAUUUGUAUAUCUUCUCCAAAAAUGGGACAUUAUUGUACUAUGCUGAGUGGAAUAGGUUAAACAAAUCUGGGAUCACAAAAGAGGAGGAAGCGAAACUAAUGUAUGGAAUGUUGUUCUCCAUUAAAUCAUUUGUGAGUAAAAUAUCUCCGCUGGAUCCAAAAGAAGGGUUUCUGUAUUAUAAAACUAGCAAGUAUACGUUACAUUAUUUUGAAACUCCUUCGGGAUUGAAAUUUGUGUUGAACACUGAUAACGCUACGCACAAUGCGAGAGAGUUAUUGCAACAGUUGUACAAAGAAGUUUACUUGGAGUAUGUUGUAAAGAAUCCUCUUUGCCAAUUAAAUGAACCUAUACAAAGUGAACUGUUUAAAUUAAAAGUUGAUGAAUUAUUUAAGAAAUCUCCUCUAUUUUUAAGUAGAUCAAUAUAACUUGCUAUUAUAUCGAGAUGUAAUAUAUUUAAAUACAUGCAUGAUUUAUAAAGUCGUUCAACCUUCUAUUUUUAAUUCCGUUAUGCAUUCGUCGUCAAAUACUUACCAAAUUAUGCUUAAAAAUUAUUCUUAAAGUCUAAAGAAAUAUACAACUUAUAUUACAUUCUGUUAUAUUUAUGAAUUUACAUCCAUUGUAAAAUAAACAAUAGUUUAAACGAUACAAUUUUGUUGUACAAUAAACUGUGAAAUUCAUACAAAAUGUACAGACACCAAAAAUUUGGAAAAAACCGACAUUGGACAUUGUAAAAGUAUUACAUAUUUCUUGUAAAGUCGUAUACGUUAUUUACGUCGUCAACAUAUUGAAAUUGCACUGUUCUUUGUAUCAACGAAAUGUACCCUUUUGAAAUUCAUAUAUAUUUAAAUGAUUAGUUAAAAUAGAUAAAAAUAUUGGUAAAAAUGCCUAUACUUAAAAAUCUGACUAUGUUAAAUUUGCGUUUUUUUAAACCUUGUACCACAUACUAAUUAUCCUAGGCACACUUUCAGAAUAUGCCUUACUUAGCUAAAACAUUUAUUAUUGUUUAUAAUAUAAAGUUUCUUUCUUUCGUUUUUUUUUUUAUACACAUAUAAGCUUUUCAUAAAAUUUUUCUCGUUCGGACGUAUGAUAUCAACUUCUCCAAAUAUAUAACGAAGUCAUUACUUACAAACAAUAAACGUAUAUAUUAAGAUCAUAAUUUUACAAAAUAUUUACACGUAUGUAAGUUUUGAUGAACUUAAUCCGAAAAGAUGAAACGUAAAAUUAUUAACACCUUGUUUUUCCAUAGCGAGUUUCGUCGUGACCUUCAGUGACUCGUGCGUAAAAUUAUGUGAAUAUACGGGCAAGAAAAAUAAACGAAAGCUUUUGACAUGCAUAGUAAAAGCACCUGAAAUUAUUCUAUGUAAAUCACUGGGGAUAAGAAUAAAUAAAUAUAUUACCUAAUUAAAGGUAGUGAACUAUCGUACCUUCUCUUAUAAUAACGUUAAAUUCAUCUAAAACAUUUUAACAUUCAUUAUCAAGGCAUGUUCGCUGCCUUUUAGCGACGUUUAUCUACGUAUAUUUUUUUCCAUACAUCGAGGGACAACAUUUAAAAAAUUUGCUCAUUUACAAAGAUUCUUAUGAUGCUUUACAUCUGGAAAUAUGAUCGACGAAUUGA